ACCUCCUACAACACAACUCUAUAAAUACUGGUCCCUUUUGUGUGAACCAUCUCUGAACUCUUUGGGAAUAGCUGGACUCCUCGGGACCUGUCUGUACUCAGGUUGGAGUGUGUGAUACUCCGGUUGACGUGUGUGAGGUCAGGAACAAUCAGUGGACAGUGUGUGUGUGAGGAACUAUUCAGUCAAGAUGGUUUCCCAGGGGAUCCAGAUCAUGGGCAUCAUCAUGUCGUUGAUCGGCUGGUUGAUGGUCAUCAUUGUGUGUGCCCUGCCUAUGUGGAAGGUCACAGCCUUCAUCGGAGCCAACAUCGUCACGGCCCAAACCAUCUGGGAGGGAAUGUGGAUGAACUGUGUUGUGCAGAGUACUGGCCAGAUGCAGUGUAAGGUCUACGACUCCAUGCUGGCACUACCCCAGGACCUCCAGGCCGCCAGAGCAAUGAUCAUCAUCUCCAUCCUGACAGGUAUCUUCGGCAUCUUCCUGUCGAUUGCAGGAGGGAAAUGCACCAACUGCAUAGCAGAGGAGGGAUCCAAGGCUAGAGCCUGUAUUGUGGCUGGAGUCCUCUACAUCAUCUCAGGCAUCCUCUGCCUCAUCCCAGUGACCUGGUCAGCCAACACCAUCAUCAGGGAUUUCUACAACCCCAUGCUGAUCGAGGCCCAGAGGAGGGAGCUUUUGGUCAUGGGAAGGAUCGGAAAGGAGGUGUUUGGCCAGGUGCUUGGCUUCAUCGGCUUCGUGGGGGUGGCAGUGACCACGGGUAUCCCCAUGUGGAGGGUAACCACUUACAUCGGUGCCAACAUCGUAACAGGACAGAUUGUGUGGGACGGACUGUGGAUGAAUUGCGUGAUGCAGAGCACGGGACAGAUGCAGUGCAAGAUAAACGACUCAGUGAUGAGGCUAGCGACAGACCUUCAGGCAGCGAGGGCCCUGGUCAUCAUCUCCAUCAUCUUCAUAUUUGUCGGCCUGAUUGUCACCUUCAUCGGGGGCCAGUGCACCAGCACCCUGAAGUCUGAAUCCUCCAAGAGUAAAGUGACAAUCCUUGGAGGCAUCCUGCUGCUCAUUGGUGCUCUUCUGGUCCUCAUCCCCGUCUGCUGGUCGGCAGCGUUCACCAUCUCAGACUUUAAUAACCCUCUGACCGUCGAAACCCAGAGGAGGGAGAUAGGAGCCUCCAUCUACAUCGGCUGGGGCUCCACAGCGCUGCUCCUCAUCGGAGGGAUCAUCCUCUGCACCUCCUGCCCGCCCCAGAAGAUGUAUGGGUACCCAGGCUAUCCUCAAGGAGCACCCAUGUACCCCUAUCCAGGCCAACCAAUGGUCCAGGCAGGGCCCUAUGGAAGAGUUUACACCCCAGCCAGCAGACCCUACUCAGGGACAGGUUCGUAUGCACCAAGCAAGCCAUAUGCAGCACCAAUAGGAUACGCUGUACCUGGAGGGCCUGGACAGUAUCUGUAACAAAGUAAAAUGGAAAGCCGGAACGUCUCCCUGAAUAUUGACUGGUAUUCUGGACCUUGAUGUUUUCAAGCUAUUGUUUUGGUUAGCUUUGCCUCUGAGUUUAAUUGCAUCACCAAAAUGUACUUAUAUCAUGUACUUUUGUCCACAUUGAUAUGUAGAUAUUGUUACUGAUGAGAAUAACAUGCAAUUUAUAGACAUGAAAAUGAUUGUGUGAAUGACAUUCAUUAUGUUUAUGAGUGUUUGCACUUUCACACAAGAGGAAGAAUCUGUUCUUUCAAAUGUUGACAAUGUAAAUCCUUAGGUCUUAACUACUAUACUAGUAUGCAAACAUUACAACAAAUGGUUUGAUAAUGAGAAUGGAUGUAGCGUAAAUUUCUAUUUUAGCAGCAACCUGUGUCCUCCCAUUGUGCAACCUGUAAAUAGCUGGCUGGUCUAUGACUUGUGAUGUAUCUGUAAACAGAAAACAACCCAUUUUUUUCUGUAAAUAUGUAGUGCCUAUAUUUAACAAAUAUAAACACACACGUUAUUAUAUAAAAUCA